CCGUUCACCAGAGUCGGGUGCAAAUUUUAUUCGCGAACGACCAACAGAAGUCGUAGAUCCAUUCGAUUUUUAUUUCACCCCUCGGGAUUCGCGACUAAAAUUUCACCCGCUCUGCUUUCUGCAUGCGCAAGAUCACGUUGUUCGACGGAAUUCCUGGAACUUCCCUCUAGUAAGUCUGAGGAAUACACGGAAUUCGGAAGUGACGUUUAAUCAUUGUGUCCUUUAGGUAUUUCAUGAAUUUCUGUACAGUCGGUAGGUUUCAGGAUAUUCCUGCGACAAGAAUUUAUUCUAUUUCUCUGUCUUCUUCCAGUAUGAAUUAUUCUCGAGAGAGGAAAGUUAUUGAAAGGAAUACAUUGUUAUUAUCCCCUAUCUCGUAAAAUCUGCAAAUACAGUAUAAUGAAUCAGGACGCUAAGUUAAUUUAAUGUCCAUAUUGUGAUAAAAUAUAAUACACUGAUCGAUAAAUUGGACGUUCAAUUAACUGAGUGCUGGCUGUCCAAUUCGUCCGGUUAAACUAUAAUUAAUCUAUAUAAUUCGAGUCUCACGAGCGGGGAAUAACAGGGUGAUGAUUUUAAUUGCCGGCCCAUGGCUUGUUACGUGUAAUUAAAAUAUCGUUGCUCGAUCGAUCGCGGGAAGGGAAUAAAGUGUCCAUGCGAGCCUGGCACGUUUUCAUAAAUCAAAGGUGUAUGCAUGUAAUCGUUUAGGAUACCGCUUUCUGUAUCGAUGUUAGCUGCGAAGCUCGAUAUUCUCGAUAAUAGCGUGAUCCGUGGGGAGGGGAACACGGGUAAAAAAGACACGAACGGAAUCUGAUUAAUCGCAGUCUGGUCAGUUUACACCGUCCAGUCCAUUAUCUGAUCGCAGUCGCGAGCUUACCGAACGCGUACCAAUUUCGUCGUCGCGUGUCACCUAAUUACCGCUCCGCUAAACGUCGCCUAAUUAUCUCGCGAGGGACAAUCGUCGUUUCUGGCUUGCAAAGCACGAGAGCAUUUCGCACGCGGCAUCGCCAAGCGUCAUCGAAGCGAGCUCAGCGCAUCAGAAUGUAACGCGUCACCCGUCACGCAUGCAAACCAGCAAUCAGCAAUCAUCCAUCAUCGCGGACGUCAUCCACGCCAUCCAUCCCGAGCACUGGCUGUUCGAUGUGCAUUAAGAAGCACGAGACAAAAGCAGAACGUUUAAACGUGAGACCAAGGGCCUGUCCGACCGAUUACCACUGUCACGACCGCCACCAUAGCUUGUCUUCCAGGUUCUCGUCAGGGGAUUUGAGCUCGGAGCUCGACGAUGAACCAAGCACAGACUCCGGGCUGGCCUCCAUGGCCAGGGAUUCGUCCCAAUCGUAUCAAGCGACGCCCGAGCGUCCGUUGCAGUCUCAACCGACGCCGGCCCCACCGGUCAGUCAGCCCCCAGUGCCCGGAGCACCGCCACCGGGCCCUCCACAGCCCGUCGGCGGCAAUCUCAGCCUCAACCUGAGGCCCGGAUCCAGGACUACCAGUGCCCCCUCAUCGCCAGCCAAGACCCGGGAGAGUUUGCUUCAGAGGGUCCAGAGUUUGACCGGGGCUGCCCGCGACCAGGGUGCAUCAAUUUUGGGAGCGGCAGUGUCCGGUGCGACGAGAGGCCCAUCUUACAACAAAGAUCGUUGCUUCACUCUUCUGGUGAUCGACGAUCAGAACACCGACUGGAGCAAGUACUUCCGGGGUCGCAGGCUCCACGGCGAUUACGAAAUCCGAGUAGAGCAAGCGGAAUUUCGGGAAUUGUCGUUGACGGCGAGCGAGGCUGGUACCGUCGUGUCCAUGGCAGUUUAUCGUAACGGGACCAAAGUCAUCCGAUCCUUCAAACCUGAUUUCGUCCUGAUACGACAAAACUUAAAGGACGCGGGGGAGGACAACAAGAACCUUCUUCUCGGUUUGAUGUACGGAGGGGUCCCGAGUAUUAACAAUCUCACCGCAAUAUACAACUUCCAGGAUAAACCAUGGGUGUUCGCUCAUCUGUUGGGGCUUCAGCGUCGUUUGGGGAAGGAUAACUUCCCUCUGAUCGAGCAAACUUACUAUCCUAAUCAUCGCGAAAUGGUGAGCGCAUCUCGUUAUCCGGUUGUGGUGAAACUCGGACACGCCCACGGCGGAGUAGGGAAAGCUCGUGCAGAGACGAAUCAAGAGUUUCUAGAUCUCGCCUCGUUGGCAGCCCUGGCGAACACCUACUCCACCUCGGAACCGUACGUCGACACUAAGUACGACGUGCACGUGCAGAAAAUAGGCAAUAACUACAAGGCGUUCAUGCGGAAGAGCAUAAGCGGAAACUGGAAGUCCAACACCGGUUCGGCGAUGUUGGAGCAAUUAGCCGUGAGCGAAAGACAUCGUACAUGGGUCGAUUACGUGGCCCAGCUGUUUGGUGGAUUGGAUAUCUGUGCGAUCGAGCUGCUUGUCGGGAAGGAUGGUAAAGAGUACAUAAUCGAGGUGAACGACAGCGCUUUGUCGUUAAUGGGGGACACGCAGGAAGAGGAUCGUCGUCACAUCGCAGACCUCGUCACCGCGAAGAUGCAGGCAUGCUGCCGAAUUCCGAGCGUGUUGACGAAGACUACGUCCAGAGGUUCAAUGUCUGGCUCUAGUCAAGCAACGAGUCCCGUAGAAGAUCGAACAACAGCUCCACCACCCGCACCGUUGGGAUCCCACGGAAGUAUGGGGUCUAUGGCUAGUAUAGGAAGCAUAGGGUCCGUAGGGUCCACGACUGCGUUGGCGGGCGAUGUCACUACCUCCGACAGCCAUCAUCAACUGCAACGACGCGAUUCUCAAGCAUCGCAAUCGAGCACAGUGAGCAGCGCUCCUUCGGUUAGCCGGCGCCAAGAAGAGCCUCCACCAACGUCCAGAAUGCCUUUCCACAGACAAGGCAGUCAGUCCCAGGGCGAAGACACGGAAGAUACCAUGAAGAAUCUUCGAAAGACAUUCGCUGGGAUCUUCGGAGAAAUGUAAAUUCAUCGAACAAAAGUACUGGAACAAAGAAGGUUGCCUCGAACGUGACACGAUUUAAGUUAAACGAAAAGAGAUCUUUUUUUUUUUAAAUUAUUCCUAAAAAAUUGUCGCGUAUCUUCUAUAUUGUUCCAUUAUCGUUAGAAGAUUCCAUCGGAAACAUUAGGAUUUACAACCUGAUUUGAAUGAAACGGUAUGAUGAUCGUAUUCCGAUUGGUUGCAAAGUAGGCAGAACAUAAAAAUAUUUGCAGAUCACCGAACACGACUAAACGACACUCGUGUCUCGCACGAAACACGCUAUAACGAUGUAAAUUUUGCUAACGGUCCACGGCGAUGUGUAUAAACAUGAACAUAACUCGUUAACCCUACGUUUCUAAUUAACGAUUAGAGCCUUACAUUAAUCUACCUUUGUAUUUUGGCGAAAUUAAACGAAAAUCGUUCGAAGAUUGAUUCUUAUUCAUUCUUAGUCUAACGACUAUAUAUUUCUCUAUAAUAAAUUAUCAAUUCUCACUGCACGUUUCACGCACCUGAGUUGCAACUAAAUUAGCUACGUGUUUCGAUAAGGGGAUGGGUGAUAAAAAUUUAAGGGGAUUAAAUAUGUCGUGGUCGUUUAUGUAUAUUAAAAAGAGAAAUGAAAAGUAAUGUAGGUUCUAUGUAUUCGAUGUAUUCAGCAUUUAAAUAGUGGCUAGGAAAAUUCUCAGGUUAAAACGAUAAUUAAUACUUUCCGAACGUCCGGUUAUGUUUCGUUACCAUCGACGUAUCCGUUCUGCACAACUCUCGUCUCGUUUACGGGAACGGUUACUUGGUUUUCGAUUCAAACAGGAAACAGUACCAUAUAGGCCCCUGUCAUCUCCUCAUCCGACUUUACUUCAGGCAAUCCACCAUUUUUAGGCUUAACUUUCGAUUAUAGAGCAUUCUCUAAAAGAAAAGCAAAAAAAAAGACGAAGGAAACAGAGAGAAGAAAAUUUAUGGGAUUAUAAAUUAAACGGGAGAAGGAAGUCUUGCAGGUGAAAUAUUUGUAAAAUUGUUAAAAUAUUUGUAAGCCGACGUCAUUCAAAAUGAUUGAGGAAAACAAAAAAAGAGGAGAUUCGGGCAUUAUACAGAACAUUUGGCUAGAGAAAAAGACUUCGGAUCGGUCGUCGGGCGUCGCCUGUCGUCGCGACGACGCGACGCCCGACUGGUACAGCGAGAUCGUCGGAGUCUGCAUCUUAAGCGCACAAAUAGUCAUUAAGCUUUUCGAGAGCGGACAGUACUUUGACAUCGUGCAUGCGAACAACGCAAAACGGUUGGUUGGAAAACGUUACUCGAACGUGAGAGAAACAAAAUUAUUCCGUGGCUCGCCGGUGCGUUCUCGCAACGAUACAUUGUUUCGGAUCACAAAAAUUCUUCGACCGGCGGGCAGAUCUAUUUGGACGUCUUUCGAAAUUCAUUGCUUCGAAUAGUGUGAGCAUCUCGAUGUCGAAAACUGUCCUGAAUUCCAAUAACGAACCGUUUCUUUUUCCUAAAUUUUCGCGCAUCGUCAGUCGUCGGGGGCGGAGGAGAGUUGCGCGUGGGCGGCGACUUUCCAGCCGGUGAAAAUUCACGAAAUAAGAAAAACGUUCGUUUCUCCGUAGAAUUAAGAUGAUUACCGCGAAAUCAAAAUGUAAUAAACGGGUUCGUGAGCUAGACACGGGAAGCGAAAAGGAAAAAAGCGGGUUAAGGCGUCGCGAGAACGAAGAAACAUGGGCAUUCUACUAUUUGCGUAACGUCCGUCCGAUGAUCUGCAAAUAUAAACGUGUCUGUCGUAAACAUUAUAUCGCGUAGACCUCUUUGAGCCAGUACUCGAAAUCACGGAUCGACGGAACAUCGUCGACGAAGAAGAAGAAAAGGAAAGAACGAAGAAGUCUUCAUCCAAAUGAUCUCAAUUUACAUUAGCGUAAGGGCUGAUUAACGUAUUGUGACGAAGACAGACCUCGUGGUGUCAGCUUUGAAGGAACAAAACUAAUUUCUUUCGAUUCUGUUUCACUCUUCGAUCUAACUUCGGUCAAUUAGAAAUUAUUAAAAAUAAUUUCACAGAGCUUUCGUUAGUUGCAGAAGCGCAGUAGGACACGCGUAGAGUUGUAAAAAGGGAAGCGUUGUUUUUGUUUCUCGCGCCAAAUUCUGUGGUGUCAAAUAAAUUGCUUCGCGACGAUUGGGAUUAGAAGAGUAUAAAAUAGACGACGUAAACUUAAUCCAUCCUGUAUUGCACAAUUGAUUGUUGAAUGUUCUGCAGUCUUUAGGAUUUAAUUAGUCGGUUAGUUGUGGCUUUUAAAAAGGCUCCCACGUUUACGAAUUAAUUUUAAGUAAUAGACGUUCGACGAUUUGGUUUUUUGAUGUGCCUUGAUACUUAAGUGUCCUUGUCACCUUUCUCACCCGCUCGAAAUACGCGAUUUCGACGUACACUCUUACUGUGCACUUAACCAUGAAAUCUAUUGUUUAUACUUUUUAUACGAGACGCGCACUGCAUUCGCACGAUCAUUGCAACGAGAUAUUUGUUACUCACCCCCCCUUCGAUAUCGUGGAUAAGUGCAUGUACACCGUCCAAAGUGUCAAAGAUCAGCAGCGAACGAAGGCAUUAGGUUCAUUUGAAAAUGUCAAUUUCUCGAUAUCGGUCGUUAUGGAUUAAUCUUCCUUAAGUUUGCUUUGCGAUUUCGUAGUUUUAGAUUUACUAUUCGGACUCGAUUAACGACACUUUUACAAGUACGAUUUCUUUCUACAAGCAGUGAUCCGCGGAGAGUAGAGAGUACCAGUUUAGAGUCGCGAGAAUAGAGACGGGCAACGUUUUAUUCGAAUAUAAGCAACACUCUACGAUCGAAAUUCGUAUCUGGAUAGGAGUUAUGCCCGUCUUUGUUGCAGAGUUAGUCCACGAAGGUGUAUAAUUUUAAAAACUUUCGCGUUCGUCCAACGAUGAAAUCCGAGUAACGACGUACGAACGAAUAUCAAACGAGAUAUCAAAAACGAAAACCGAUAUUGAUAACAAAUACCUACUUUAAGGGACAAACGGAGUGAGAACAGCGCGAGUUCGUGACGCGCCCGGGCAACCUUUACAGCCGGGAGUCGCGUUAGCUCGACGAAGUACAAAUGUCCUCGAGAACGAAAGUUGAAACUCGCUUUCGGAGCUGACGCCACGACACGGAACGAGAACAAAAUCACGAUGGGCCCCCCGUCUACGGCGUAGACGAGGCUCGAAUCGUUCGAGACGGAACGCGGGAGUCGAGAUUCGAUUAUGCUCGCGACGUGUCCCAUCAGCGAUCGAGAAGCACGACGAUCUCACGAUCGAACGCCGGCUCCCUCGUGUUCCGAGCGCCUCUGUAAACGCGCGGCGCGUCAGAGGCAGCCGUAAACGUGCCCUGAUAAGACUUGCAAAACAGGACGUGUUCGAUCUGUACUGAUACGUAGAUGCGGUUAAAGAUUACCGAAUAUCUCAGGGGUGCAACUUUAUGCACUAGGUAGGAUAGAAACUAGAAAAGGCUGGGUUCAAGCUCGCAGCCUAGACGAAUCAUUGGCAUUGACUCUUGUAACAUUAGCACUUAGCAGCUUGCUUCACCGGAGGAAUCGUAGCGAUUAUCCAUUUAAAGGCAAACACGAUAUCGAAACGAGAAACGUCGCGCGAUCAUCUCAGAAGACGAUCGAUUUUUUUCGUUUAAAUAUUCUGUUAAAUAUUCGAGCAUUAAUGUCAAGAAAUUUUUUAAGGAAUAUGACGCUUCCAACGUUCAGUGAUCGGUCUAAAAUUGUAUUAGUUGACUUUAUAAAUUUGACUUCAUGCCGAUUUCUCGCUAGGAUCGCAUAGAUGACCGCGCUCAGCCAUCGAUCAAACACAAAACACAUCGACAGGCAUGUUCUGUCUGUCGAUCGCGAACGACCCUAGAACAACGACCUUGUUAAUUUAUUCUAGUGCCCGUGUGGUGUAGUGAGCAGCCGUUAAUACCUCUUCAUCACCUUUUAAUCGUAUUUACGUGUACAAGGUAACGUUUGAUUUCGUCGUAACAAUGUACCAGCAAUACCAGUAGGCUAGCAGUUCCCUCGUUCCACAAAAAUGUAACUGUUUCGCUUAGGUUACUUUCCUAGUUUUUCACGGCGUUUUCUUAGCCGAUCCUUCAUCGCCCAGUUCUAUUCUCUCUUCUUGCCGGAUGUAAUCUUAAGAUCAAGCUAAUCUAUGUAGAAUUCCUUGUGUGGUGUAAUCCCGUUGUUAGCUAAGAUUUGCCGUACAUAGAUGAUACUUUAAUGCCGUGAAACUAAUUAGAAAUUCUUGGAUAACGACACGCGUGCAGGUAAGCUAACGAAAUGGAGACGACAAGCUGAGCUAAACGCGUUCGCCGCGCCGCGACGCCGCGACGUCGCGCGACCGCCAUCUUUCCGUAAUUCCUUUCCGCGGCGGUCGAGCGGGCCCGUCGAAAAAUCACGCAAAAGGGCCGCGAUACGCGUAAAAUCGAACGACCCUGCGCGCUUAGGGCACGUGGAGAGUAUCGCGUCGCGACGACGAUUUUUGUUCGCGGCGCUCGUCGCCAAUUUAGUGACUCGUUGAGCCCUCGAAGAUGCUACCCGAUCCGUCGAUCAUCGCGACGCUUAUUCCCGUCUCGAAUUUCGAAACACCAAUUUACGAGACAGCUACAACGAAUGACGGAGAGGGUAGAUUCGAGUAACCGACACGCGCUAAAGCUUGGCGUGGGACAUCGUGCCGGUCCCUUAAUUAUAAUUAAUCAGUGUCUCUGUGUAAACGAACGUUAAGGUAACGAGAAUAAUUAGCGGUUAAGGUGAGUUUAUCGUCAUAGGUUAGCGUGUACGUUUAGGCUCUAUGUAACCGUACGUUACCUCCUUGAUUUCAAUGAGUGCUAGUCACAUGUACUAUAAUCACUUGACACUCGUAUUCACAACACACAAAAAUAUACAUAUAUACAUAUUAUAUAUAUACAUACAUAAAUAUAGUGCGCGGCAGUUAUAACUUAUCGGCCCAGACGAGCAACAGAUAAACAGCGUAUCGUUCUAUACACGUAAUGGUAUUGUAAGGUGUAAGGGGAGUUUCAGGUCUAAUUAAUUGUAAAUUGGUCGGAAUGCUAUUUAAUAGGAUGUUAAGAGCGAUAAUACAGUGGCGAAUAUGGAACGUUCACGCGCGAGAGGCGCCACGUUUUCCUCCGAACGUGGCCCCGGUGUCUCUUUAUCGUCGAUCGCCUCUCUUCGAUCCCCGAGAGGAGACACCGUUCACGCGGGACGAGCCUCUGUUAUACGGAUAAUACGAUAUCAAUUGUACGACAAUAUAAGGUAUUAUUACGAGAAGGGUGACGCGUCGCGGAAUCGCUUGGAACGAUCCAAGGGCGCAAUAGCGCGCGGACGAGCCCUCGAAAUCGUUCGCGCCCUUCUGGGAAACGUAUUACCGGAAAGGGCGCUUGCAUCCUCCAGCAAUCGAGAUCGAUCGCUCGGCCGCGCGCAGCCCGAUCGCGCGCUGCGUCGUCGAUCGCGUGGCUAUUUAAUCCCCAAUCUUCACCGAUCCCGUAGACAAGAUUUACCCCGAAGCCGACACGAACGUUCGAGAAUCUUGCGUACGGGCGUCGAACGAACAACGAAUGCUCGCGAUCGCGACGUCGCCGUGUCGUUUCCAUCGAGCGCGAUUCUUUACCGAUCCUCCGACUUUGCGACCAUUCGCAAACGUUUAUCUAACCGCCAUGUAAAACGAAGAUGAAACGGAAGGGAUGUUAAGUAAUGGGUAAAAAAUGCGAGUUCUAUCUGUCAUCGUUAGAUAUUAAGGAUCAUCAUUUGAUUAUUGGGGGUAGGUAAGUGCAGCACAUUGAGAAUUCGAGAAAAGAUAUACAAGUAGUACGAUGUAUAAGGUUCUUGUAUAGCCGGAAGGCAGAGAGACGUCGGACCGGAAGCGCGUCGGGUGCUCGUUACCGAUCGCUCUAAAAAGUUCUUCGAUAUAUCGUGAAGACGUUUCCCGAUCAUUCUACCAUCGACUGUCAGUUUGUAUCCCCUUCUGCAGCAUCGUCGGAAGAAUGUCCGGUGCGCGCGAUCGAGACCCGCGCGACGAUCGAGGGAUCGAUAACGAGCACAGCGUUUCACGGAGCAUCGAAGGAAUUCGUGCUCGCACGCGACGUCGAAGGAGUCAACGACACUUAAAUGCCCGAUGAUUAUUUCGUGCUGUUGAUUAAAUUUUCAUCAGGGAUCGAGUCGACAUCUCGUCAUCCCGUCGUGCCUGGAGCGACGGAACGACCAUUGGCUCCGACGACGAUUCGAAGGGCUCGCGUUAAGCAAACGGAGUACGUAGGUGCUGACAAAUCCAACGCUGCUUCGUCGUAGUUAUCGUACUUCGUCCGUUUUCGUGGGAAUUACGAUCGACGAGGAUUACUUCCAGCGUACGGCGUAAAGACCCCUGGCCAUAGCGUCGGUUUAUUGGAAUCGAUCGCGUCGAUUGGCCCGAGGGGCAGCUUUCGCGUCGAUUCUGGGUACCUCAGGUUUGUUCGGUUUUCCACACGACGUCAUUAAAGACAUUUUGAUACGUGACGUGAUGUGGAAAAAAUUCCUGGACGAACGGUUAUGGUGGACGGGUGGACGGGAACUCGGUCGAGGGGUGAACUGGUCUGGAGAAUUAGAUCGCGUGCGAACUAUCGUUGCAGAUCUGUCGAGCACCGACGCGGAUCGAAGGAAGGACGCGUGUAUAGAUAGUCGCGUGAAUUCGAAUGUAUGGUGCUCCUCGAUUUAAGGUUACGAGUCCCACCCGUACGAUAUGGAUCUUCCCGACGGUAUCUCCGUGAGAUUAUUGACGCGGUCCGUUAGUAGAUACCAUGAACGAACGUUGUAGAAUUCCUUCGUUUGAAUGGUGUUAUCACCCAUUGCAUACCAACAGAAUAUUGCCACGCCUGACAAUGAAGCGUCGUCGAACGUUUCGCAGCUCGUUAUGGUUGUUAAGACAUUGAAAUAUUACGAACUCAUUGACGAAUUGAGCUGUCUCAUUGUGUUAUGUACACACAUUUAUAUAAAUAUAUAAAUAUAUGUUGAAGUUACCAUUGCGAUUAUGAUGGACAUACUAAGCAGCGUAAUCGAAGAAUGGCAUGCACUCAAAUUAUAAAAUGUUAUAACAAUCCUCGAAUCGAGUAAGGCGAAGUUCUUUCAGACCCUGACGAAGAACCUGUAACGAAGGUAAUGGUUAGUAACCGUAAACAGUAAUCCCAGUAAUCGUAACGAGCAGAGUUACACUUUUAAUCCGCGCUAGAAUCGGGAC